UGAUGGAACGAAGUUAGUUGUAGUGAAAGGAUAUAAUAAUGCACAAGAGAGAAGCGCUUACGCAUUCCAUCUGUUGAAUAUCAUAACCAGCGCAAGUAUGGACUAUUCAAGGUGUUACGGAAGAUCAAUGAUAAUGUUUAUGUUGUGGCUCUCCCAGAAUCUAUGAACAUUUCUAAUACCUUCAACGUAGCUGACAUUCAUUAGUAUCAAGCAGAUGAGAAUUUGGGGACAAGUUCUUCAUGGAGGAGACUGAUGUAAAAAGGAUUUACUAGUUUUUCCUUUUUGAUAUUUUCUAUUUUUGUGAGUUUUCCUUUUUUUUUAAGUUUCCCUUUUAGUUUUCACGUUUGGAUUUUUUCUAUUUUAUGGUUGAGAUCCUUCUCUAUAUAAAAAGAGGUUCUAAGUUUUUGUAAGACACAACUUGUUAUUCUAAUUUUAUCUAAUCUGGUGGAUUUCCAGAGUUUUCUCUUCAAAUUCAUCGCUUGUUCUAGUGUUUGCUAAUCCUAAAGUUUUCCGACUGCGUCAGAAGCCGAGUAAAAAAAACAAAUACUCAAAGAAAAAAUGGAAGCCAAAGUGAUUUCUUGCACUACUUUUGGAGAAGACAAGGUCAUAAAGAUUGUUGUUUCGAGCCGUCGUGCAGUCACCAACUACAAACCUGGAGAAAACGAAACGACCGUUGUAGUUGCCGACGAUACUUGCUCCAAGAAAGAUGUUGAAGAGAUUAAGAAGACUUGUGAGAAGCUCGAUUAUGUUUACGAAGGAAGACUUCACGAAGAUUACGCUCAGACCAACAUUGGACCUGGUUUGGUCUGAAACGUAGAGUUAAAGUCAACUCUCUAUGCUUUACUUCACUUUCGUUUAUGUACUUUUCUUUUAUACAUUUUGAUUUCUAUGUUCGAAGUUAUCUUUUGGUAGUUUGCAGUUAUGAAUGAGUUUAUUAGUUACAUUUUCUUACAACACUGACUUUGACCUAACCGCUGGACUUAACACAGAACAAAACUAACUUGUUAUAUAAACUGAAGUAGGUGCUUUUAGACAUCGCUUUUUUUAUAGUAGAAAUGGAGAUGUCUUCUUCUAUAGCUUGAAAGAAUGUAGCAACUUUGUAAGUAAAGAACCCAACCAGCAUUGGUAUCAGCUUCAAGUGCAUGAAUUCAUACUGAGGAACAAGUAUUCUGCCAAAAAUAUUCAGAAAGUAAAUCUUAUUGAUGAAGAUAUGAUAAUGGACAAGAGAGAAAAGGCUUACGCGUUCCAUCUAAUGAAUAUCAUAACCAACACAACCAGGACUAGUAACCGUGGCUGUCCAGCUGCACCUCUAUCAGAUCAAUCAAGCCAAGAAAGAAAAGAAAAAUGUGAGUGAGUCUUCUCAAUAUAGAUAACCGAAAUGAAUGAGAAUAGAAAGAGGUAACACGUAAUUCAUAACUCCUAUGGCUCCAUCUGCCAUGGCAUCUACAGUGUUACCAAACAUUCUCAUGUAAGCUAAUGAACCCAUCAAGCCAGCACAGUUCCAACACAGUGCGAUCAGAUGACUUCACAGUUAUUAAUUUUGAGAGGUUUUGAUGUCCUUUGUAGGAGAAAGACAAACCUAAUUAGUGUUAUCUCUGGUGUUGUAUUGUAUGAAAUAUAAGCUGAGACUAAACCAACACCACCAAUGCCAACUGUGAGAAGCUGUAGCUUUAUUUUUCAACUGCAAAAAUAAAAAUAAAAACCGAAAGUCAAAGAGAGUAAAAACCAAAGAGUCCAUGAAGAUUAAAGAGUUUGAUGCAAAACCAAUAUGCC